GUCUUCGGGACCGGCGCUACGCUUAACUUGACAGCGCACUCGGGAAUGCUGCCUGCGCAACGUUCAGCUACCCUGAGCUGACCCCAGCUUGGAUGCCGCAAGUGUGACGAGAGAAAGAGAAGAAGAAAAACAAAGCCAGCCGUGAUAACUUUGCGAGGAUCUACCAGAUGCUUCAUUCUUAUAGAAAACCAUGAUUGCGGAUAUCGGACUGAAGAAGGUCUUGGAAGAGGACAUGGAUUACCCCACCCUGCACAUGAUGUGGGCUGUGCUUUGACUGCGCCUGUGUUGGUGCAGCACGAGAAUUUCAGCGGCGAUAAGUGCAAGCAUCCACUAGACCCUUCAUAUUAGCUUAAAUAUGUCGCAAGACGGCAGUUAUACACAUACGGCAUGUAUGUACAUUGUUACGAUCUGAAAUCUUCUAAACAAGCUUGGGGAUCUGUAUGAUUACAGCUCAAGAACCACACCUGAGGUCGGAAUUACAGAGUCCAACAGGAGCUUCAUUUCAGCAUUGAAAAACCUUGCGUGUGGGCCUCGUCUGAAAAUCGGUGUCCCGUUCGCGGAAAGUACCUCUGGCCACCGAAACCGAAGGCAUUUUGUUCGACCUGUGCGUUUGUGCUGUCAACAGUGCCAUUGUGCGUCGCUUCUCAUCGGAGGUGUGUGCCAGCCGUAGUUACUUGAACCACUGACCGUGAUAUGCUGCUGCGGCCUGCUAUGUCUCUCACCGUCCAGCGUCUGGUCGCCUUAAUUGCCGUUAUGGACUGCUGCAAAGAUGGGCACUCUCAUCGGACCCUCGGCGGCUCACGUAAGUGGCAGUGACCGGCGGCGGAACUGUGCCCCGUCGGCGACAGCUUCUGACGUGCUCCUGACGUCGACCUGUAGCCCAUGAUUGCCAACUGGUUCCCGAGGCAGCUCAGGGUCGGCGUCUCUCGCGUCUCGAGGACGUCCAGUGUAUCGCCCAAGCUCUGCUGGAUGACUGCGCAUCAUGCUUGCCCCACUCAGUACAGGAUGCAAUACUGGACUUCCUGUACAUUUUCGGGAUCAUAUGUGCUUCUCGUCCCACGCUCCUGUGAGCGCAGCGUUCGGGUUGGCUCGCUUCCAAUAGCUUAAGUGCGACGCAGGGACACCCGCCAUCUUGCUACGACUACAACUUAGACGAACAACCUAGGUCAUCGCGAACGGAAGCGCCCAAGCGUUGAUGGUGAAGCUUCUGUCACUCUGACUGCAGAGCGAAACGAAUGUACAGAGGAGCACUUCGAUUUUUACCGGUUCCCGUAACUGUGCUUCCGCAAUACUUCGUACGAUUCUGCAUCGGCACGAUUUCAAACCCGUGCACCAACCGGCACUCGAGCCAGUGUGAGGAAUGCAUUGUGCCUUGUGGUCUCAAUUCUCUGUUGCCCACUUGAGUAUUUGAGUGAUGGUCGCUGCUUCAUCAGGUUGAUACGUGAGAAUUAUAUGACUACGAAUUCUGACGCAUCAGUAACUAGUCGAUGUCCUGGCCUUUUGGCUUUUACAGAGAGGCGUUAUGUUAUGACAGACUCACGUAGUGAAGCCCCCUCCCAUUAACCUGCGAUAAAUCUGAGCCAGUCCCGAAGCGCGAUUUUUCUAUUUUCAACGAGAGGGAAUAUUCUUUUUAGGCUAUAGCAUAGCUCUCGUACUUUUCAACUAUAUUAGCUGUAUUUUCUCUCCAAGAAGUCUUGCUGUAUUUUCUAUGUCUCUCACGAUAUUUAAACUUCUUAUCCAAUGUUCCUUACAGUAAGGUAUUUGCAGAGCCAUCUAAUAUUAAAUUAUUUCAUUAGCGUAUCUAUUGAUAGUCAAUAUAAAUCAAAAUACAAGCUACAAACCUGACAUCUACUUUCACUUAAAAAAAUUAAAUUUUGAUACGCUGCGUUACUCCGUUAACUAUACAUGAAUUGCUCUCUGGGAACCAUUAUAAAUCACGGAAUUCCACAACUUAUUCGCCUCAUUCAGAUAGCAAAUAUAUGCGCUAUUCCGGUGUAGGUAUAAUUUUUGUGUUCCACCAAAUGCGCUAAAAUCACGUCUUUGAGGUUUUUUUUUCUUUUCGCAUAUACAAAAUCGGCCAUUCAUACAUAUUAUUUUUGAAUCUCACAAAUAGUGACGCCAUCAGCUGAAUACGUGAGAGCUAUUCCAUCUUGACACGCUCCGCAAGACAAAUUUGGGAGAGAACAUCCGCUUCACCUGUGGGAUUUAACCAGUUACAAUCCUAGUUAAUUGAGAUGAUAUAUUUAGGCGAACGCAGACGAAACUCGUAAUGUUACCACAACCGUGGGAUGGAGAUAAUAUAAAGACAAGGUAAGCAGGUUCUGAAAGAAAGGACAGCCAAGCGCUUUGGCAGAGCUGUGGCCACGCGAGAUGUUUCGAAGUACACGCUCAGCGUGCGCCCCGCCAGACGUCAGUCAACCUUCUCUCAUCACCUCAAGCAACUAAGAGGCCUGUUUUCGUGGUUGUGCGAUCAACCUAAGCACACCGUUGCCACAUACAACACCGCGCUUGUAGUCAGCUAUUUCGAGAAUAACAGGUUUUCUUGUGCGCGGCUGUUCUGUGAGACACCAAAUUGCGUGUUCUUUGCGGCGCGGAUGGUACGAUGAACGGUUCUGUGAUAUGGCCGUCCGACUAAGUGCAGCAUAAUUUUGCUCUAGCGGCUUGUUGCGACUACAUUUACGGACGGCGAAUAAAGGAAAGGCUGUAGACAGGCCAGCAACUCGCCGCACUCUGCUUUUCCGAUAUUAUACCAAUAGUUAGCGCAUUCGAAAAGGCAAAAAAAUUUUUCUGCUAUUCCCACCUGAAGUUAUAAAACUUACUUCGUGAUGAAAAACAAAGCGAUAUGAAGGCUUGUCGGUUACAGCAUAGCGGGGUCGGUUAACUAACCCAGAAAGAACACAUCUCACUUACAAUAAUAGACGAAGACGAGUGUCCCAAAGUCUUUUCGCAUGUUUUCUCAGUACCCUACGAUAAUUAUAUAAUUAUAAUUUUUAAUCAAUUAGAUCCCUGCGUUGACUGGCUUUGCUUAAUCGCAAUUUCCCCCAACAUUUGCUUCUGUUCUUUCAUAUGGAAGUUUGUGCUUAUUUCUGGACUUUACAUUAAAAGCGAUAGGUAGAUAAAUGCACGAACACGCUUAAUUUCCUAAAACGAGAAUAUGUGCCAUCUUUUCCAUACCACUCACAUUGUAUAGUGAGCGGAAUAAUGAAUGCAACUAUUUAAUCUGUUAAAGAAACAGUCCAAGUACGCUUGGUAUAGCGAACGACCUUUUUUUCGUGUUCGUUCCAAACGUUCUCAGACGAAACAUUAGUUGUUCUGAAUGCCUUAAACAAAAAAUUCGCUUUACAUCAGCAGAGUUGUAUACACUUGAUGUGCUCGGACGGUGAAUCGUCAUCGAAGCUAGGCAAACUAGAGCUCGCCAAUCGUGGGACUCGGUUCAGAAGUGCUGCUUCGAUAAGCUGGGUCGUUGAGCGUGAAAACCGAUUCCUUUGUUGCCCACUAAACGCGUAGAAUUCACCGCCAAAUCUCUUGGAUUUCACGUUAUUACUGGGAACAAAUCCGCGGAGUGAGUCUGUUUAGCCUAAAUCAGCAGUCUGACAGCUUGUCGCCAUUUUAUGUGAGCUGGUGUGCAUAAUGUCGUGAGUUGGGAGAUAUCUAGGCUCAGAUCAAGAACCAGACAUCUUUCCCUCCUGCAUCUUCUCCGUGGUGCUUCUUUUUCAUCAAUGUAGAUCAUAAGAAAAUCGAGAAAUCUUUAGCCUCCGUCACAUUUCAUCCCCCCACCCGUAGCAGGCGGUACCAUGCUAAGCAUUGUUUGACAUAACUUACAAAUCUUGUAAGUAUUGACAUAUUCUGCAUACACAGAGCUAAACGAACUAUAUCUUUUCUCUUUUGAGGGGAUUUAGCGAGUACCGUAGUACGAUGGUCGGUUUGCUUCCAAGAUAGGUUGACAUUUCUCAGUUUUAUCUCGUUUCGCACACAGUUCAUCAGCUAGGUCUUUGUUGUCAAGAGCAAACGAAAUGAAGUCGGACUGGACCUCUGCACGCGGUCACUCGCUCGCCUGCAUUUUCUCAUCCUUCUGAAACUCUGAAGCUCUCUGCAACGGUCGCUCUUCUUCUUAACCUAGCAAUAAAUGGAGAAGGCAUUUUCGAGCGAUAUCGCACUUACAUCAUAUGUUUUUCCCCUUUCCAAGUGACGAACUGCGCAGCUGCGUCACCUUGAUCUCUAACUGGCUCGUGAGGCGAGGCCUUCUAGUGGACGCGUCCUUGCUCGUUGCGGCGGCGGCUUGCUAGGCUUUUCGAGGGCAGCUCGCCGAAGGCUGCAAGUCGCUCCUAACCAACCCGACGAACUCGUACGGCACCGACACGAGAGGGUGUGUGAGAAGCGGAGAGAAAGCAGUCCGAUCGCUUGUCGAAACUUCACCGCCCGUCACUUUCGACGCGAGUGCCCCGAGCGACUUUUCCUGGAAGCAUCGUUUCUUUUUUCUCGAUGCUCGAUUAGUGCAAAGCCCGUUUGGCACACGCGUGUUUCUGGAACUGUCGAGUGACCGUUAAUCCACAUAACUGUAUCAGUUUUUGACCGAGCCUGAUCGAUACCAUUCGUUUUUGACAGACUUGUGCUUCCGGCCCUCAGAUCGUGUGUGUAUGCCAACGACCAUUAAAUAUUGAGCGCUUCUGAUGCAUAGCGCAGGCCCAGCUGUGCACGAAAGCUGCUUAUGGUAAAAAAAUGGAAGCAUCCAAAUUAAUCGAGUGGCUGUCCUUUCGAGUCCGAUAAUGAAGGUUUAACGAAUAAGGAUCUCAUGAGCGCUGAUGACUACGUUUGCAUAACAAAGCACGCCCUCUCAUCAAUUUACGCUUAUUUCGUGCUUUCGCCGCACAGGUUCCACAUAAGAAGGCACUGUGUGCUUCUAGCACAUUCAAGACGCCAAUACUUGAGGACCGUAUUCGUCGGUCAUGUUAUGGUGAGAACAACAUCGUUCAGAUACUGCCACCUGCAAUACUGUCGCAAUACUCGCAAUGUUUCAACCUGUUAGAGCGUGCAGCGCAAGCUGAUAGACCCUGCGACAUGCUCGAAAACCGCAGUCACUGUUAGUGGCCUAACAGUGCGCGGCUUGGUUCGCUGUGUUCUUCUGUUGUGAUUUCACAAACAUACAUCGCCGAAAGCGAUACCACGUGUGAUCUCAUUCUGAUGUAUCUCGAAACGACACAACGGUGAUGAAAGAACGUGGACAGUGGAAGCGGAGCGCAAACUCGAUUUGCGACGUCUUCAUUCGUUUCGCAUCCCUGACCCUUGUAUUUUGAAACGUGAAUUUUUUUUUUUAUAAAAGAGGACGCCCAGAAGUGAUCUUGCUGUGCAGUUUGCGCAUUCAGGUCCACUGUGGUGCUUAACAAGGUGUGUCGUCGCCAUGCUGGAUAGCCGCUGCGUAGUCGACUCCGAUGCAACCUGUUUCGCGGGCCCUGCAGCACCGUAAAGAUGUGAUCGAGGGAUAUGAGCGACACCCAGGAAAGCCGACGGCAGCAGCACCAACACCCGACCCAAAGCCAAAGGGCGCGCGACCCAGCGACCGCUGCCGCCGCGUGCCGGACCGACACGCACGCCUCCCCGCUGGGAGAGCACCCGGCCAGCAGCUCCGGGAAUCCCGACCCGGGCCACAACAAGCCAUGGCCGCCGCGGAUCUGCGGCGUGUGCGGCGAUCGCGCCAAGAGCUACCACUUCGGCGGCAUCUCGUGCGACAGCUGCAAGGCCUUCUUUCGGCGCUCGGUGCAGAACGAGGCCCAGUUCCAGUGCCCCAACCGCGGCAACUGCCGCAUCACGCUGGCGUCCCGCAAGAGCUGCCAGGCGUGCCGUUUCGCCAAGUGCCUCGCCAUCGGAAUGGAGGCCAGCUGGGUGAUGACCGAGCAGGAACGGCGGGCCAGAAUGCAGCAGCGGCUGCUCGCCAAAGGGGGGGACAGCCGGCCAGCGGCACCGCGGUCCCUGGCGAUGCCCCCGUCUGCCGAAGACGUGGAACUCCUCGAGGAACUUGUCCACGCUUACGUGGCCGGUUGCGCCGGCGCUCCCUUCGCGAGCUGCCUGCACCGCGAAGAAAGGUCCAGGACAGAGCUGCUGGACGUGUUUUUCACGCUCGUGCACCAAAUAAGUGGAUUCGCGCAGGGACUGGACGCCUUCGCGAGGGUUCGCGAGUCGGACAGACACAUCCUGUUGAGGACGGCCGUGCUCGAACUGUGCUUCCUCCGCAGCGCGAUGAACUUCGACGACGACGGCGACAGGUGGCCCUCCAGAGUUCACUUCGGUGACGAGGCCACUUCUGUGCCUUCUGUGCGCGCUUCCGACGUGGAACGCUUAGUUCCGGUGGAACUGUGGGCGCUGCACCGGAAGUUCCUGGUGUCCACGCGGAGGCUCAAGCCUGACCCGCUCACACUGCUCCUGCUGUCGGCGAUAGCGCUGUUGUGUCCGGACAGGGCCGGAAUCAGAGACCUGGAGACCCUUUCCCUCCAGCAAGAGCGUUACUGCGCUCUGCUACGCAGGUACGUCACAUGGCGCAAGAUGGGGUCCAUCGAGUUCGCCAAGGUUCUAAUGCGGCUUCCCGACUUGCGCGAGCUGGCGGACGCGCACGCCGACUCGGACCUACUCUUCGACGCCAAGGAAGCGGCUGACGUGCAGAGGCAUCUAUCCAACGUCAUGGUGCGCACCGUCGAGGUUCCGUCCCAAGUCGGCGAAGUGGCGAGCGAGUCCCGCCACCUUCCGGGGCCGCGAUGGAAGUUUCCGGGGGACCUGCAGCCGCUCAGCGCCACCGAGUCCGCCGGAGAUGAGUCGGCCGAGGAAGAAUCAGCCGAGGAAUCGUCUAGUCAGGGAUCGUCAGACCGUUCGGCACCGGGGGCCCGCAAAAGCUGACGCUUCCGGAACGGAGAUGGGGGAUUCGAAAUCAUCCAUAUAUCCAUGUACAGAGGCAUAGGCAGUUGAUGUACCUCAAGAAAGGGCUAAUUUCGUAGCGCUGCCUGUUGACACCGAAAGCGCUAGCUGCCGCUCCAUCAGCAUCUCAUGUCGAACCGAACGCAUUAAAAAGAUACGCAUUUGUUUACGUUGCCUCAGUAUCACUACGUGAAAGUAAAACGCCUCGUAUCGCCCAAUAGAAAAGAAUCUGCUACAUCCACGCAAGCCUAACUAUUCGGAAGAAAAAUCUGAAUCUUUUCAAACACGUUUACUGCGGAAAGUAGACGAGGAAGUAGAACGGGUGCCAACUUCUCAUUUUAUUUAAAACGAGAAUUCGCCUUUUUCUGCACAGCCAAGUGACGUGAUCGUGGGGAAAAUAUGCUUCAAAAUGAAUGACUAAAACAAAGCAAGAAUGCUCAGUGAGCACUGCGCAUACUAAUCAAAAGGUGUAUGUAUUUAUGACCUCGUCUAGUAUGCAUAGUGAAUUUCUUUAAAUAUGACCCACCAACUAGUUAAAAUCAACAUUACAAUCUGAAUCUUCUCCGGCGUCUUGUCCAAUAAAGGUGAGUUCAGGGCAAUUCGCUUUGCCAUGAUGACAAUGCUGCUAGAAAAUAUAGCCAUAAGCUCCUGUAUCAACGAUCAGUAGCAUAAUUCGGGCAGAACCAUGAAUCUCUCUACAAAAGUCGACGUUAAUGCAAUUAUUGUAAUAAUCCUGGCCACGACGGCCGCGUUUCGAUGGGGGCGAAAUGCGAAAACACCCGUGUACUUGGAUUUAGGUGCACGUUACAGAACCCCAGGUCGUCAAAAUUUCCGGAGUCCUCCACUACGGCGUGCCUCAUAAUCAUAAAGUGGUUUUGGCACGUAAAACCCCAUAAUUUAUAUAAUUAUUGUAAUAAUGUAGCGACACGCCGGGUCACCACCGCCAAAUCGCGUCAUGGAUGAGGCAUGUACCGCAGACGGGCUCCACUCUCACGCUUUCCUCUGGACACGCUGUACCAUCGAGUGACGCCGCCGCGAAGUCCGCGCAUGACACGUGUGUCAACGUUGUCUGAACAUAUAUGACGCGAGUUCGAUCAUGCCCAGCACCGGAUAAAUUUUAAGGGAUCAAUACGGUUUUGACCGAGCGGCCUUGCCUCAGUGCAGCAGCCAGACGCACUCAUUAGACCACGAACUACCAAGUGACCCGAGCCGGCGCGAAAGAGGUCAGACGCGGACCAUGGAGGCAGGAAAGCGUAGGAGAGGCCCUGGCUAGCCCGGAUGAGUUGAAGAGUGCGUGGCGGAAGUCACCUCCCACGAAACAGAUAACCUCUUAAAAACUUCUUGAAACAGCUACAAACGGCUAUAGACGUCUUGCUCUAUGAUAAGACUGAAAAUGUCAUUUCUUCUAAAGAUAACCUCAGCACCUGGAAUAUGCUAGUAUAUAUUCUAUCUGCGGUAAAACCCACUACUGGUGUCACCAGAGUCUAUUUUGGUAAACACAUUCAGAACGUCUAACUCAAGAACUUUUUUAGAUCUUUUUGUCCAAAAGUGCAUAAAAUGCCAAACGUCCUGUUAAAAGUGCGGUUACCGUCGGUCGUCGGCGUUAACGAAUAAAAGACGCCACAGACAAAUCGAAUCCGUAGGAAGCAACAUAAUAAGUUGGCUGUAGUGUUAAAUAAUUUCAUACCAGAACUUCAACAAUCAAAUUAAGGGCGUGUUAUUGUUUUACAUACGGGGCGUGCACACGACGCCUAGAAACCAUUCUUCUAUACUCGCGCAGCACGUAAUGACAGCAGCAGGAGCGAAACGCCGGUGUCGCAGUGACCACAGCGGUGUCACAGAGCCACCGCGUUGCGAUGACUUCGGUGGCAGUGAAGUAGGCACGCUCCAAAUUUGUCAUGCAUCUCAUUCCGUGCUGGAAACACUGGGAGGCAGGAAGUUUGAAAAAAAAAAACGGCCACUGCCGCCCGUAAUGUCUCGGUCGUGGGUUCGUUAUGCCAGUUGUGCGUCAUUCUAAGCCGUUCUGUACAUUUAUACUGGAUAUUAACUGGAGUCAUUUAGCUGUCCUGCUGCUGUUUGCCGUGUGUUUUGCAUCAGUGCUUCGUGACAUCGGCUGCAUAGCGUGUUUUCGCCGACGGCUUACUGAACCAUAAUGGCGGGAUCUGCGUUCUCCGCCUUCGUUGUUCUCGGUGCAUCUUUGUACGUCGCGCGCUCGAAUAACACUUUUUCCGGUAAGUGAAAUACUUUGCACUUCGGUUUUCGUCAAGAAUGUGUAUAUAUUUAGGUGUUACCCAUGACAAUUCUUGAUGGAUGGGCUCUUCGCUCCGGGUUUUCAUCUCUACUUCUAUACGAGGGUUCUGCUUUUUAGUCAUUGUGGUUAACGUUGCACGAAUCAACCGAAUGGAGUGCAUUCGAAGACGACGCACUGGCUGUAAUCCUGAACCAGACUAAACUCGCCCUAUUUUGUGACCUUUUGUUCUAGCAUGCAGCUUGUAGCGUUCCCACUUUAUAGCAAAACAAAAACAUAAUUGCAAUGUUUACUUCGUCCAUACAAUCCCAAAAGCAAUCGGCUGCUGAUGUAAAAAUUUCACUCGUGUUUUGUUAUAAAUAAGCAGCAAAACUUUUAGCCUAGUAGGUGCUUCAUCUGGGACUGCAAUCACGACUGCUUGGCAUUUAUUAAUGAAUGGUGUGGGUCACCUCAUUUGUAAUUGUAAAUCUGUCUUUCAACUGACUUGAUGAUCUCUUAUUUUGUUCUUUUCACUGUAUAUAGACGGCUGGGCAUCCUUCUUGUCUCUUGGCGCUAGCUGGAUGACGGGACCUCAUCAUGAUCAGUGUAUUGCUCGCCUAUGUCUACAAGAACUGUUGUGUCGACACACAAAAACCUUCACGGGUGACCUGUGACAGAAAGGUUUUGUGGGCAGCCAGUGCUCUCCUACGAAGACUGGCUUGCUCUGGCAGUGGCGGCAAUCAUCUUCAAGAUUCAUGCAUGAUCACCUUUGCUGCUAUUUGUCAUUCUUGUUAAUUACACUUCCUGCAUCUUCUCCAAUUAUUAGGUAAUAAAGUAUGACUAUGUGA